UCACCAGGCAUCAAGUCAUUUGGCUCGACAGCGAGCACCGCGUCAUCUGGCAAGGCAGUGGGCUCCGAGUCAACAGGCACGACAGUGGGCACCGGGGUCAUCAGGUACCGGAUUGUCUGGCUCGACAGCGGGCAUCGGGUCACCAGGUAUGACAGCGGGCACUGGGUCACCAGGCAUCAGGUCAUUUGGCUCGCCAGCGGGCACCGCGUCAUCUGGCAAGGCAGUGGGGGCACCGAGUCACCAGGUACGACAGCGGGCUCUGAGUCAAUUGGCACGAUAGCGGGCACCGGAUCAGGUACCGGAUCAUCUGGAUCAACAGCGGGCAUCGAGUCAACUGGCCUAAUAGGAUCGUCAGGCUGGAUCAGUUCAUCAUGCUGGGUAGAGACAUCAGGCUGAAUGCCGGCGUCCGGCUGAGUAGAGGCUUCAGGCCGAGUAGAGGCUUCAGGCCGAGUAGAGGCAUCAGGCCGAGUAGAGGCAUCAGGCCGAGUAGAGGCUUCAGGCCGAGUAGAGGCAUCAGGCCGAGUAGAGGCAUCAGGCCGAGUAGAGGCUUC